AAGAUGAGCAACGAAUUGUCCUGCAAGGGAAGCCCCACAUCGAGCGCGAGCGUUCGCGCCAGUUUGGCAACGGACGAGAGCCACUUCAGCCUGGCCAGCCUCAACUCGUCCGUCAGCCAGGACGAGUUCUUCCGGUGUCGCGAUCACUCCGAUCUGGUGCUAAAGCGCAUGCAAGACUACCUCCAGAGUGAGAAGCUUUGUGAUGUGGUGCUGAUCGCCGGUGUCGACGGUCGACGAAUACCAGCCCACCGAUUGGUGCUAUCGGCCUCAUCUGCCUACUUCAGCGCAAUGUUCACCGGCCAGCUGCGCGAAAGCCAGCAGGAAGAAAUCACCCUGCAGGAAGUGUCCGGCGACGCGCUAAACUCCCUCAUCCAGUACUGCUACACCGGUGCGAUCGAAAUCCGCGAGGACACGGUCGAAACGUUGCUGGCCACGGCGUGCCUUCUGCAGCUUAGCACGAUUGUCGGCGCGUGCUGCAACUUUCUCGCCCGUCAAUUACAUCCGUCCAACUGUUUGGGAUUUUCGCUGUUUGCCGAGCAGCAGGGCUGCACCACACUGCUCAAGUUGGCCACCGCCUACACCUGCCAACACUUUCAGCAGGUGUGGAAGAAUCAGGAGUUUUUCAUGCUAGAUGCAGCCCAGCUGGCAAAUCUGCUGCGCAGCGACGAUUUGAACGUGCCGAACGAGCAGGAAGUGUUUCAUGCACUGAUGGCCUGGAUCCAGUACGAUGCCGAGGGCCGGAAGCGACACAUUCCGGAGCUGUUGGCCUUGAUCAAGCUGCCGCUGUUGCAACCUUCGUUCAUAGUGGAUCACGUUGAAGCGCUCUGUGGUGGAGCGAACGAAUGCCAACAGCUCGUAAUGGAAGCGUUCAAGUGGCAUCUGAUCCCCGGGCGACGUUCGCAGAUUGCUACCUCUCGCACCCGGCCUCGCAAGUCAACGAUGGGCCGCCUGUUGGCGGUCGGUGGCAUGGAUGGACACAAGGGUGCGAUCAGCAUCGAGAGUUACGAUCCACGGUUGGAUAAGUGGACGCUGUUGAAGAAUAUGCCGACGCGUCGGCUACAGUUCGGUGUGGCCGUGCUGGAGGACAAGCUGAUCAUUGUCGGUGGUCGCGAUGGACUGAAGACACUGAAUACGGUCGACAGUUUCGAUCUGAACACGAUGUGUUGGAGCUCUUUGGUACCACCGAUGGGGACGCCUAGACAUGGGCUGGGAGUGGCCUUUCUGGAGGGUCCACUGUAUGCCGUCGGUGGUCACGAUGGUUGGAGCUACCUGAAUACGGUCGAAAGAUGGGAUCCUUCGGCACGCACCUGGAGCUACGUGGCGCCAAUGUCGGCGAUGCGAUCGACAGCCGGUGUAGCCGUGCUGGGUGGCCGCUUGUACGUUAUCGGUGGUCGGGAUGGAAGCGUUUGCCACCGGACGGUGGAGUGUUACGAUCCACACACCAACAAGUGGACUUUGCGUGCGCCAAUGAACCAAAGGCGUGGUUGUGUUGGUGUUGGCGUACUGAAUGGGUUCUUGUAUGCGCUCGGAGGUCAUGAUUGUCCGCCAAGUAAUCCGGCCGUGUGUCGAACGGAUACUGUCGAACGUUACGAUCCAACAACCGAUACAUGGACUCUGAUCGCUUCACUAAGCGUCGGCAGGGACGCGAUCGGUGUGAGUGUGCUGGGUGAUUUUCUGAUCGCACUCGGUGGGUACGAUGGCAUCCAGUAUCUGAAGAUCGUCGAACAGUACGAUGCCGAAACGAACGAAUGGACACCGAUCGCAUCGGUCAACUAUAGUCGUGCCGGGGCGUGUGUCGUCGCGAUAUCGAACAGUUUCACCAAUCCGGCAUCAACGACCGGUGGCGUUGCGCUUCCUUCAACGAGUGCCAACCCUUCCUCACCGAACAAUGCGAUUGCUUCGUCGUCGUCCUCUUCCGCCGUGAAUAUUCCGGUGGCCAACAAUAGCACCACGGGAUGGCGCGGAAGUACCAGUGCCAGCAACUAUUACUAUCGCAGACAUUUCCGCAUUUGUGAUUACUACGUGUAG